CCCGUCUCCCGACCUAGGUAAGUAUGCCGAAAUCAGUCGAAACCUUUCAACUGCAGCCCUCGAAUACCUGACAAUAUGGCGGCUGGUAGGGCGUCUACCCGAAUACUGCAUUCACUGCAGACGCAGCCGAGGCCAAUUGGCAAAGCAAUCCCCAGAUGGCCACAGCCAAGCUCCCCAGCAGUCCGCCUUUAUCCCCGUCGACCCAUCUCCAGUACCCCGCGACGCCCGAAGCAAGCAGCGGACGACCCAGGCUUCACCUCGAUCCUCGAUAACCCGCCCGAAAUCGUUCGAUCCGGCCGCAAGCAUGGCCCCGGCCUAAUCAUCCUCGCCAUCAUCCCGAUAACAGCCUUCUUCCUCGGCACGUGGCAGGUAAAACGGCUCGGGUGGAAGACGGACCUGAUCGCCAAGUGCGAGGACCGGAUCGUGCGGGAGCCGCUCCCGCUGCCGCCGCGCGUGGACCCGGACGCGAUCGCCGAGUUCGACUUCCGGCGCGUGUACGUGACGGGCCGGUUCCGGCACGACCAGGAGAUGCUGGUGGGCCCGCGGAUGCGCGACGGCGAGCAGGGGUACAUCGUGGUGACGCCGCUGGAGCGCGACGGCGAUGACGGUGCGAAGGUGUUGGUUAACCGCGGCUGGAUCUCCAAGGCCAAUGCCGAACAGAGUAAACGGCCGGCGGGCUUGCCGCGCGGGGAGGUUAGGGUGGAGGGGAUGCUGAGGCAGCCGUGGAAGAAGAAUAUGUUUACGCCGGCGAAUCGGCCGGAUAAGCGGGAGUUUUAUUUCCCGGAUGUGAAGCAGAUGGCCGAGUUGACGGGGAGUCAGGCUGUUUGGGUUGAGCAGACAAUGGAACCGGAUUACUUUCAGUUCCUAGAUUACCAUGCCCAGGGCGUUCCCAUCGGCAGGCCGGCCGAGGUGAACCUCCGCAACAACCACGCACAGUAUAUCUUCACGUGGUAUGGUCUCGCGGUGGCCACUUCAAUCAUGUUUUACAUGGUGGUCAAGAAGCCGGCAACCGACAUAACGCGGCGUGUCCGCCAUCAGACGAAAUGGUAAUGACUAUUCCACAGCUCGUCCGAGCUUCAGGUGACGUCGUCAUCUGUUCCGCCCUGAGCCUUACGCCGCUUCUUAGGGAUGACGGGCGGUGGCAUACGCAACUCUUGCAGCAGCUCCCUAGGGAGGUGACGCUGUGCAAGUGCGAAUGGUGUAGUAUUUGGAUUGAUCUGACGCUGCCUGGAAGGUGUCAGCCAUCAUGUAUAACCUUAUUCGAGAUACCCAGUGAUAGAUUGUACCAUACCUCUUCAUCAGGGUGAGGACAU